CGCAGGAGGCUGCGCAUUGGUCGGCGCCGCGGUUACCGCGGUGACGGGUGGGUCUGUGGGGGUCCCCGCGCGGGGCGGGGCUAGGGCUGUCCCUGGUCCCGCGCACCGCCUCCGUCUGGGUCUCCGCCACUGGGACCUGAGGUCCAGAGCGCGGCUUCCCUGCGGGCGGCGCAAUGGGUUGCGGGAACUCCACGGCCACCAGCGCGGCCGCGGGCCGAGGUCCGACAGGAGCGGUUAAAGAUGUAACAGAAGACUCGAUAACCGAAGACGACAAGAGGAGAAACUACGGGGGAGUGUAUGUUGGCCUGCCCUCUGAAGCUGUCAACAUGGCAUCUAGUCAGGCAAAGCCUGUACAGAAAAAUUAGAGGAAGAUAACAUGACGGCUGGAUACUCAAGAGCGUGCUCAUGAAUUUGGAAGGAACUUGGCUCCUGGGACAUUGAAUGAACACAAUUAUCUUCAAACAAAUUCCGAAAGGUCGUUCCCGCUAUGCCCCAAUCCUAACUGUGUAGUUGAGGUCAUAGGAGGGACUUUGUGCCACCCACCAAUGAGAGACCACAAAGGCUGUCCCUCCCCGGCCUGGGCCACCAGGCUCCACACCAUGAUGUUUUCCCUCCUGGCCAUUCAGCACAGUUCACCAAGAGCAUGUCUUUUCACUGAUAAUCUUUUGAUAGUUUUUAUAUGACAUAAUACUUAUUGUAUUUAUAACACGGUCGUAGGGCCACAUAAAGGAUUUACCUGAAGUAAUAUAUUGCCUCUUGUCUUCAAUAUUUCCAUGUCAUUAUUUUUUAUCUGUAAAGUUGGUAAAUGGAUUCUUACAACCAUCUCCCUUUUUUUACUAGUUGGUUUAAGAUUUUUAUUUUAAAUGCUGGGAGAAUUGCCUUUGUUAAGAACAUUGCAGCAUUUGAAAAUGAACUCGUUAAAUGUGCAUGCUAUGUGGAUUAAAUUCCUCCUUUCUUUAUAGUCAAAGGCUUAAAUAAUUAUAAAUAUUCUGCAGCCACCCAGUUGCCUGUUCUCCCCUUGUGUAGCCUGAGCAUCUCAUAAUGUUAACUCUGCACUGUCUCUUAGGACAUAACCGAGGACAGUUAAUGUUUAGUGGGGUAUCUGGAAAAUUCUUAAUUUGCUAACAACGUGUGUAUCUACUUAUGACGGCAGUGUAAGGAACUCAGUUUACCAAUGUAUUUCAAUGAUUAAAUAUUUUUAUCCCUC